AUCGCACCAAAAACCAAUCACCAUUAACCACGCGUAUGGAAAAAGAAUUAUUUAGAUAUAAUAAAAUUGCCUUUGAACGAAAUGGGAAUUGUAGUAGUUUCGUAGUUGAAAAAUCGUAAUAUAAAAUAGUUUACGAAAUUUAGUAAGAAUUUUAAUUUAAGAAAUUAGUUUUAAAUACACUCACAAGCAUGAAGUGGCUAGUUUAUUUAUUGGUUCUCCAAAUUACUCUCGGGUUUAUGUAUAUGUUUGUUGAAGCCGGGCGAGAUUUUUAUAAAAUUUUAAAUGUGAGAAAAACUGCCACAACAAAUGAAGUGAAAAAAGCAUAUCGUAAGCUAGCAAAAGAAUUACAUCCGGACAAAAAUAAGGAUGAUCCGGAUGCCUCCGUUAAAUUUCAGGAUCUCGGUGCUGCAUAUGAAGUGCUCUCUGAUGCAGAUAAACGAAAAACAUACGAUCGUUGCGGUGAGGAGUGUCUGAAAAAAGAUGGCAUGAUGGAUCAUGGGAGCGAUCCAUUUGCUAGUUUUUUCGGAGAUUUUGGAUUCCAUUUUGGUAAUGGAGACUCACACCAUCACGACACUCCACGUGGCGCUAAUAUAGUAAUGAAUAUGUAUGUAACAUUAGAGGAACUUUAUUCUGGAAACUUUGUUGAAAUUGUUAGAAAUAAACCAGUGCUGAAACCAGCGAGUGGAACACGUAAGUGUAAUUGUCGACAAGAAAUGGUUACACGUAAUCUGGGUCCAGGCCGUUUCCAAAUGAUACAACAAACUGUAUGUGAUGAAUGUCCCAAUGUGAAACUUGUUAAUGAGGAACGCACAUUGGAAAUUGAAGUUGAACCUGGUAUGGUAGAUGGACAAGAAAAUCGUUUUGUAGCUGAAGGUGAACCGCAUAUGGACGGUGAACCAGGUGAUUUAAUUAUAAAAGUAUUGCAAGUUCCUCACGAUAGAUUUGAGCGUAAAGGUGAUGAUUUAUACACUAACGUCACGAUUAGUCUGCAAGAAGCUCUUUCUGGAUUUUCAAUGGAUAUCAUACAUUUGGAUGGCCAUAAAGUAACAGUUAGUCGGGAAAAAGUCACUUGGUAUGGUGCGCGUAUACGUAAGAAGGGAGAGGGAAUGCCAAAUUAUGAAAAUAAUAACUUACAUGGCAAUUUGUAUAUUACCUUUGACAUAGAUUUUCCUAAAAAAGACUUCGAUGAAGCUGAAAGAGAAGCACUGCGUAAAAUACUGGAUCAAACACCUAUAAAUCGUGUAUACAACGGACUAUAGUGGCAUGAUGGAUACAGCUAAAAACUUAUACUCCAGAAUAUAAAUUGUAUAAAAAGUUUAUGAUAGUCAUCUAGGGGAAUAGUAUUUAGAAGAUGUUCAAAGACUUAUAUUUUUCGUUUGAAUUUGAAGUGUAUUGCAUUUACACAUUAACAAAAAAAACUAGUACAUUUUAAAGAUGAGAAGAGUGCAAUCUGUAGCUAAUAAAGUUAACGCUAUAAAAUAAAAAGCAAAAUAUUCUAAA